GGCGCUGAGUGGUGGCGCUCCUCCCGGGGGCGGGGCUUCGAAUGAGGCGGGAAGCGGCGGCUGGGAUCGCGGGGUCCGCGCGGGUCCUGGGGUAGCUCGAGAGCCGCCGUCCGCCCGAUUUCCACGCUGUCUAUGGUUGGUUUCUUUUAGCCAAGAUGUCAGUGAAUCCUAUGGCAUAUGAAGCCCAGUUCUUUGGUUUUACCCCUCAAACAUGUAUGCUUAGGGUCUACAUUGCAUUUCAAGACUACUUGUUUGAAAUGAUGCUGGUUGUGGAAAGAGUCAUUCUGAAGAAACUAGAAGGCUUUCCUGACUCUAAGAUCAGUCCAUUCCAAAUCCGUAAGAGCACAGAGAAAUUUCUUCUCUUCAUGAAGGAGCGCUUUGAUCACCUCUUCAGCAAAAUGGAACAAAUGCUUUUGCAAUUGGUGUUAAACAUCCCUAAAAAUGUUUUACUUCCUGAAGACAAGGUCCACGAGCAGUACCCCUAUAGUAAGGAACAAUUUCAAACUCUUCAAGGUGAAAUUGAUCAGCUACAGAAACAAUACAAGGUUGAAGUGUCUGCUGGACAGGCCCUUUUAGCAGAAUUAGAAGAACAGAAAAUGGUUCAGGCAGAGCUUGAGAAGACCCUCCAGUGGUUUGAUGGGCUUGAGAACAUAUGCAGAGAGCACGGGACUAGCAAUUUAAAAGAAAGCUUUGCAUUCUUGACACAAACUUCUAAGAAACUGCAAGAUAUACUAAAGGAAGUUGAAAAGAAAAACAAAAGAUUGCAAAAAAGUAAUCUCCAUGUAGUGUAAAGGAAGUACUGAAAGGGCAGCAGAGAAACCAAUAAGACAGUACUUGUGUUACAAUACAUUUUUUGAGAUCUCUCCAGAAGCAUUUGUAUAUAAGGUUUUGGGGGGGUUGCCCCCUCUUCCUUGCCAUACCAGUUUUUGACUGAAAGCUGGUGAGUGCAAUAUUCUGGCAAACCAUCAUUUUCCCCUCCUGAAUUCUAUAUAUACUGCUUAGACAUUUCUUUAAAUAGAUAAACAUACCCCCCAAGAGUGUCUAAAUGAGUUGUCUAAAUGGUAGAAGUGCAGACGCAAAAUAAGUGUAUUGUAAUGAAGACUUCAGUUCUCUGCAUAAUUCAUUUAAGCUACCUUAGUAGAUAGGAAGCUUUUUCUUUAAGGGUAAGAUGCUUCUAACAUUAAACUAUUUUUUUGGAAGUCAAGACUUGUCGGUAUUGAAAUGUUCCAUUUAGAAAUGUAAGAAUGUGACAUCAUAGUAAAACUUAGGCCUUGAGGAGAAAUAUAUUUAAUAAAUUUUGGAGUUGGAAUUAAUCUAGUCAACGGUGAGUGGUUUCUAAAACGGAGGGGUAAGUUAUUACUUCCAGUAUUUAAAAAAAAGAAGAAAAAGUUUGAUAUUCUGAAGGCGUUAACAAAGACAGGACAGAGGGCCUGGAUCUUUUCUGUUUCUAGUGGGAGCAUUUCACAAAUAUUAAUCAGUAGUCAUACCAAUUUUGCAAAUGGAUAGAGUUAGUUUUGCUUUGAGCAAGAGGCACACACUGUACAGUGCUGUGUGUGAUAAGGGACAGAUAUGAGCUACAGUGGAAUAACUCAGACUCUGGACUGCUUUGAAAGUUUUCUUGCACCAUAGUAUAUAUCGUAGUGUCAGCACAGCAUUAUACAUUGUGCAACUCUUGCUAAAAGCAAAAAACUUAAUUUGCCCAUGUAUACAAUGGGUAUAUUCACCAACCUUACAUGGGUGUUGUGAGGACUGAUUAAUAUUUAUGAAGUCCUUUGAGGUCCUUGAAUUAAGCUUACUUUAUAUGGACUUGUUCCACCAUCCAUCAAAGUAAAUAUGAAUCUUUCCAUUGACUUCAGUGGCUUUUGGAUCAGCCCUUAUGUCCAUAUUAGUAUAGUAAAAAGAAGCUUAACUUUUACAGGGGCAAAACUUCCUUACUUUUUAAAAGAUACUUGCUUGAAAGAUGUUAAACUUCUGUAUAACUUGAGAGCCACUUAAAUAAAAAUGAUACAUAAAGUGACAAAAUUAUUUUUUCAAUGCAUUCUGAAACUAUACGUUCUAUGAAAUUUGUCAAAUACCUGAAGAUUCUGGAUCAGCUCAAUAUGCUCAAAGAACAGGUCAACAAAUUUCAAGUGUCCACUGAUUUUGGGUGCCUAGUGUGACAUUUUGUGACUCACCUUGGGCACCCGAAGUCAGUGUCCACAUCUGAAAGUUUGGCCAAAGACGUUAAUUUUUAAUGUUUAACACUAGUCUUUGCGUGAACUAACAUGCAUUUAAUAACGCCUAAAGAUUUUCUAAUGGAAAUCAUUCUGAAGUAUUAUUUAGAGACUCAUUUUGUAUGUAUCACUUAAAACAGUGUUUAUUUUUCUACAUUUUUUGAUCAGUAAAAUCUAAGUGUUUAUUUCCCCACCACUCAUUCUUAUAUUUAGUAAGCUUCUGUGCUACUGUAUGGCUCCAGCUAAAACUAUAGUUAGAGGAUUAGGAACAGAUGCUGAAUAAGAAGAUUAAUUUUUAAGAUGCAGCUUAGCCUGUCUUUUAUAAAUAAAUAGUUGUGUUUAACUUUUUCAUCCCCCAAAUCGCAAAGGCUGUUGCCCAUACUUUGAACUAAACACUUUUAUGAAAAGUCAUUUGUCUGUCACUUUGUAGAACUUGCAUCCUUUUACCAUAUUCUUCUAUUAAGAGUGUGAUUUAAGUGAAAAGUAAAUAAACAUUCCAGUAACGUGUAA